AUGGCAUCAGCAACAACAAAUGAUAAUUCAAAUUCAUUAUCACAAACAGCUCAAUUUCCUUUUCCUGCAUCGAAACCAGGAUUCACAUCAUCAUUAGCUUCACUUGCAAAUGCUACAGAACCAAAUAGUUCUUCAUCAAAUCAACAACCAUCAGUUGCUACUUUUCCUCAAAGAAUAAUAGGAGCAUCACCAACAACUAAUAAAGAAUCUCCAUUUGGUACUUCAUUCACACAAUCAUUUGCAACUGAGCCGAAUACAGGAUUUUCAUUUACAAAACCAUUACCAACAAAUUUUUCUGGUGUUUCUUUUCCAAAUACAACACCAGGAAAUGUUUCUACAUUUAAUUUUACAAAUUCAUCAUCAGAAAAUCCUUUUGCUGUUACAUCGAAUCAAUCAACAACUAAUUCACAAGUUCAACAACCAAUACAAUCAUAUAUAUUUACACCAUCUAAACAACAACAACAACAACAACAACAACAACAACAAGAUGUAUCAAAUAAUAAGCCACAAGCUCCAUUAUUAGUAACAUUGAAUAAAAAUUCAAACCAAAGAUCAAUAAUAAAUGAAGCAGCAGAAACUACACGAAAUAAUAUGUCUACUUUUUCAAGAAAAUCAUCUGAUCCUUUAACACCUAUUUCACAACAAUCAAGUUUACCAAAUCAAGAACAAGAAGUGUCUGAUCUUCCAGCUUCAUUAGCUGAUAUAUCAUUAUUAGAAAAAAAAAUUAAUACAAAAUUACGAGAUUCAAAUGCAUUGACUAUUGAUCGUAGUGAUCCAACAUCACCAUUAUUUUCAUUAAAAUCAUUUCAAGAACUCAAUUUAAAACCUGACUUAUUAAAAGGUGUUUACAGUAUGGGUUUUCAAGCUCCAAGUAAAAUUCAAGAAAUUGCUCUGCCACAUUUAUUAAACAAUCCACCAAAAAAUAUAAUAGCACAAUCACAAUCUGGUACAGGCAAAACAGCUGCUUUUUCAUUAGCAAUUCUAUCACGUAUUGAUCCAUCGAUUCCAUCAGUACAAGCGCUAAUUCUUGCACCAACAUUUGAAUUAGCUAUACAAAUUGGUUCAGCUAUUGAAAAAAUGGCAAAAUAUUUACCAUAUAUGAAAAUUGCUUAUGCUGUACGUAAUGCCGCAACACAAACAGCAACUACUUUUGUGCGAGGUCAACUUUUAAACGAACCAAUUGUUAUUGGUACACCAGGUACAGUUGAAGAUUGGUGUCGUCGACGACGUGUUAUAGAUUUAAGUAAAUUACGUAUAUGUUGUGUUGAUGAAGCUGAUGUUAUGAUAGCAACUGAAGGCUUUCAAAAAACAUGUGUUGAUCUUGUGCGAAGUCUUAAUCCUUCCGUUUGUCAAAUGAUGUUAUUUUCAGCUACAUAUUCUGAUGAAGUUAUGACAUUUGCACGUGAAAUUGUUAAGGAUCCAGUUGUUUUAAGAUUAAAACGUGAAAAACAAACAUUAAAUAAUAUAAGACAAUUUUUUAUACGUUGCUAUGAUUCUGAACACAAAUAUCAUGCUAUUGAACAAAUUUAUGCUCAUUUAAUACUUGGACAAGCAAUGAUUUUUUGUCGAACAAAAGCAACAGCACGUGAAUUAGCUGUUCGAAUGGCAAAUCAACAACAUUCAGUACGAGAAUUAACAGCAGCUUUAGAUAUUGAUCAACGUGCAUCUGUUAUUCGUCAAUUUCGUGAACGUGUAUUUAAUGUACUUAUAUCAACAAAUGUUACAGCUCGUGGUAUUGAUAUUGAUGAUGUUUCAUUAGUUGUUAAUUAUGAUAUGCCAGUUACUAUGGAUUUUAAACCAGAUUAUGAAACAUAUCUUCAUCGUAUUGGUCGUUGUGGUCGUUUCGGUAAAUUAGGUUAUACAUUUAAUUUAAUUGGUUCAGAAAAAGAUUUUAAUACAAUGAAAUCAAUUGAAGAAUAUUUCCAACGUCCUAUUGUUGAAAUAACUAUUGAAGAUAUAAGCAAUCUUGAACAAGAUCAAGAAUGA